GGUCUCUGGAGUGAUGGCGGCGUCUGCACCCUCCUCUGGCGGCGAACCGGAUCCCAACUCGACAAAUUUACGACCACCGGGCUCAAGCUAUGACGCGUGGUGUGGAGUUGCGCACGGAUGUACAAGAAAACUGGGGAUGAAGAUAUGUGGGUUUUUGCAGAAGAACAACAGUCUGGAGGAGAGGAGCAGGAUUGUGAGUUCCUUCAAGGAGCGCACAGCCAAGAACCUGCUGUCCUGCGAUAACAUCGGACGAGACGCGCGGUUCAGACGCACGGAGACGGACUUCUCCAAUCUGUUUGCCAGAGAUCUGUUGCCGGCCAAAAAUGGAGAGGAGGCAACCAUGCAAUUCUUGCUGGAGUUUGUGGAAAUCCUCACUAACUACAUCCGGAAGACCUUUGACAGAUCCACCAAGGUGCUGGACUUCCACCACCCCCACCAGCUGCUGGAGGGCAUGGAGGGUUUCAACCUGGAGCUCUCUGACCAGCCUGAGUCUCUGGAGCAGAUUCUGGUGGACUGCAGGGACACUCUGAAAUAUGGAGUGAGGACAGGUCACCCUAGGUUCUUCAACCAGCUGUCAACUGGUUUGGACAUUGUUGGGUUGGCAGGAGAGUGGUUAACGUCCACAGCCAACACUAACAUGUUUACCUAUGAGAUUGCCCCUGUCUUUGUUCUCAUGGAGCAGCUGACACUGAAAAAGAUGAGGGAGAUAAUCGGCUGGCCUGAUGGAGAGGGAGAUGGAAUAUUUUCACCAGGUGGAGCAAUCUCCAACAUGUACAGUGUGAUGAUCGCCAGAUAUAAGUUCUUUCCUGAAGUGAAAACCAAAGGCAUGGCAGCUGCACCCAGGCUGGUCCUGUUCACCUCAGAGCAUAGUCACUACUCCAUCAAGAAAGCCAGUGCAGCUCUGGGCUUUGGGACAGAAAACCUGAUCCUUUUAAGGACAGAUGAGAGAGGGAGAGUCAUUCCAGCUGAUUUGGAAGCCAAAGUAAUAGAGGCUAAGCAAAAGGGCCACGUUCCUAUGUUUGUCAAUGCCACCGCUGGAACCACUGUCUAUGGAGCCUUCGACCCCAUCAAUGAAAUCGCAGAUAUUUGUGAAAAAUACAACAUAUGGCUUCAUGUGGAUGGUGCAUGGGGAGGAGGUUUGCUGAUGUCCAGGAAACACAGGCACAAGCUGAAUGGAGUAGAGAGGGCUAACUCAGUCACCUGGAACCCUCAUAAGAUGAUGGGAGUGCCUCUGCAGUGCUCUGCCAUUCUGGUCAGAGAGAGGGGAUUAUUGCAAGGCUGUAACUCCAUGUGCGCCGGCUACCUCUUCCAGCCUGACAAACAGUACGACGUCACAUACGACACAGGUGACAAGGCCAUUCAGUGUGGGCGACAUGUGGAUAUCUUCAAGUUCUGGCUCAUGUGGAAGGCAAAGGGAACGGUGGGGUUUGAGCAGCAUAUUGACAAGUGCCUGGAUCUGUCAGCAUACCUCUACAAUAAAAUAAAGGACAGAGAAGGCUACCAGAUGGUGUUUGAUGCAGAGCCUCAGCACACUAAUGUGUGCUUCUGGUACUUUCCUCUGAGCCUGCGAGGAUUGCCUGACGGUGAGGAGAGGCGGGAGAGGUUGCACAAGGUGGCCCCAAAGAUCAAGGCCAUGAUGAUGGAGUCCGGGACCACAAUGGUAGGUUACCAACCACAAGGAGACAAAGUCAACUUCUUCCGCAUGGUCAUCUCUAACCCUGCUGCUACCAGGUCAGACAUCGACUUCCUCAUUGAGGAGAUCGAACGUUUGGGACAUGACUUGUAAGAGCCGCAUCUGUAUUGUGAAAACCCUUCCUUUUUCUGAAUCUGAAAAGCCUUGAGCUUGGCCUUUGUGUCCCCAUCGUCUCAUAAAGACAUUGAGAUUUUAUCUUAGAGGUCUUUUCUGGCAAUGCACAACAAGCAAAUCGCCCUGUGUGUCUCUUGUUUGUCUCUUCUAUGUUUAGCAGUGAUGACAUACUGUAUAUUUAACAGGUUUGCGCAGUAAAAAGGAUAUAGAGUAAAAAGGAUAUAAGUCAAAACCUAUGAGGAUCCCAUAAGCACACUGGUAUUCUUGCCAAACCAUAUGAAAAUAAACUAAUGUUUCAGUCAACAGACACUCCUCAGAAUAAAUCAUUCUUUCUUUUCAUGUAAAUACAAUGAGGCAAGAAUAUCUGAGCACUUGAAUGAGUCUGUCAAUAGCAAUGUUAACAAGCGUCAUUUUACCGUUGUACUAUAUAAAGAUCAGUCUAAAAACAGAACAAAACCAUAUUUUUUCACAAGUGAUGGAGACCUCGAUGCAUUAACAUAAAUAGUAUUAAUUGAAUAUAUAUGAUGUACUGACUGUUGGUGCUCCAUGUUGUCUACAUAAUUAUCAAAGCAGAUGCACCGCACAUUGUAUCUUAGCUGUUAUUUCCCUUUGAUAUUACAUAGGUGGAAAUAUAUAACACAGUCAUUGUAACAAGAACUGUACUCGAUUGCUGUGUUUUUAGAGAUUUUUGUGUAGAUUGUGUAUAGUAUUGUUACAUUGCCUUUGUGCCAAAUGUGUCCUAGUUUUACAGUGAUAAAACCCUAUAUGUAAAUCAGUCAUACAGUAUAGUAUGUAAUAGAUUAAUCACUUUAUUUAUAUGAAAAGAAUAUAAUUGUGAAUAGGUUAUCUGCUUUUUUGUUCCAUUUGUAAUGUAUCCUACCGCAUAUUUGGACACUGCUGUAUAAAAUGUUUUGAAUAACAUCUUUUAGUGUAUUUGUGAACCAAAGAAGGGUUGCAUUAACAUUUGAUCAUAUACAUUGCCAUUAUUAUCCCUUACGGAUGGAUUCAGAUGUUUAUAUGAGAAUUUUAGCAGCCAUAAAUUUUGUGCAAUCUUGUUGUGUAACUGUGCAAUGUCAUUGUAAUUCAUCGACUGAAUGUUGUUGAGACACAUCUAGAUGCUGAUGCUUUGUUAAAGAUGACAAGCACAACGCUAAACCACGACACCGGGGCGGCUUUUAUUCUAAAGACAUAUGAUUGUUGGUAUUAUAACGUGUUAAAUGGAGUAAAAAGUAUAAUAUGCAAAGUUUUGUUUGUUUUUGACAUGCUCACUAGAGCUUGGACUACUUUUACGUUGAGCAAAAACAACGCGAGACAUGGGGAUAUUUAUCACUUUAGCUUGAAAUGCACAGUGUUUGCUACUGUUAUAAGGUUUUACUGUACAUUCCUGAAUUAGUGGGAUGAGACGUCCCUUGUCAGAUUCAAUGUAGGCACUUUAACCUCAUGCCGCCAUUUGCAGAGUUUUAACUGUUGUAUCCACAACGCUAAUAAAGACAUGAGCUGUAGAACAUC